GGGGGGGGGGGUUCAUUUCCACUCUAACUUCACCAGGCCUUGCAGUCCUCUGCUUCCUGCUUACCAUUUCCCCAUUGCUCAAAUACACAUGUGGCCUGACCACAAGGAACUGAAGACUUGAGUUUGCCUUUAAGCACCGCUUGCAAAACAUUUGUCGCUGCCAUUCAGAUUUGCCUUUUUGAGGUUGUUUCUGAGCCGCCAGUGGCCUUAGCUCUAGCUAUGUCCCAGCCUGUGACCUGCCAGCCAGUUGCCACAGUCUCACCUUUGACCCUGUCCUCAGAAGGCAGCUGGAGCAGUGGGAGGUAUGACUGCUGUUCAGACUGCCCCAUGUGUUGUGUUGGGCUUCUCUGCCCGGCCAUCCUGGCCUGUUACGUGUCACGCAAACAUGGAGAGAACUGUUGCCUCGGACUGGUGCCUGGCGGCAUGACAGCCCUGCGGACUCACAUGCGGCUCUCCUAUGGCAUUCCGGCACUUCAGCAGGGAUUAUUGAAAAUAGUGAUCCCCGUCUCUGUUUUGACUGAAGGCAGAGGAAGACAUUUCUUUAUCUGCUAUCUCACUCUUCCUCCCAUAGGAGCCCACAACACACUAGGGCACUGUUUUUAGGGAUGCCAUGUCAAUGUGUCUUUGUUGCCUGUGUGAGUUGUGCCGCAUGGGCCGUGAAGUGCACAUCCGCU